AUGAGAAUCGGUCGCCCUCGGCGUUCGAAUUGUAGUCUGGAGAAGCGUCCUCAGCGUCGGACCGGGCCCAAGUCCCCUGGAAGGGAGCCGGAGAGGGUGAGAGCCCCGUUGUGCUCGGACCCUGUCGCACCACGAGGCGCUGUCGGCGAGUCGGGUUGUUUGGGAAUGCAGCCCCAAUCGGGCGGUAAAUUCCGUCCAAGGCUAAAUAUUGGCGAGAGACCGAUAGCGAACAAGUACUGCGAGGGAAAGAUGAAAAGGACUUUGAAAAGAGAGUCAAAGAGUGCUUGA